AUGCUGUUCUCAACUCGGCUGCCCGCCGUCCUGGCCGUCUUGGUCACCAUCUUCACCGUCCUCGCCAAUGCCUACCGCCCCGUCCAAUUCGUCAAACACACGGGCCAGUCCGGCCGGGCGGACCAAGCCUUCAGCCUGGUCAACUACUACAACACCACGACGGCGCAAUCCGACCUGUACGUCCGCAUGUGGAUGUUCCGGUACGACUCGAGCAAUAGAGGCUGGGCGGCGCUCGGUCUCGGCCCCCAAAUGAAAGGCGCGCUCAUGUUCAUCAUCUACGGCGAUCCGGCCAGCAAUGAUCUCACCAUGACUGUGCGGACCGUUGAUGGGCAUCAUCCUCCUCGACCGCUCGACGAGAUGAAGGAUUUCUACUCCGGCGACAUUCCCGACGUGGAGGUUAUCAGUACGCGCUUCGAGCCGUAUACGGGGGACUGGUACUCCGAGCAACUCCAGGCCAAGCCCUCUCACUUGGGCGUGGCGGAAUUCAUCGUGCGCGGGUACGAGAAAUUCACGGCCCCGGCGCUGGGGAUCCACAGCGAUAGCACCAAGCAGUCGAUGAUCUGGAGCAGUAACUUCAAGCAGGACUUUGAAGGGGAUUUCUCCUACGAGCGGAGCAUCGACAUGCAUCAGUUCGGCCUGGGGUUCGGGUUCCUGUGGGUCGACCUGCUGAACGCGAAGAGUGAAGUCCCAUUCUUCCAGACCAUCGACGAGGUCAGCGACCACAGCGGGCUGAGUGAGAUUGGGGACCCUACGGCUCCGAGCGACGAGGAGCUCAAGAAGGGCGAUGCAAUCAUCGCUGCGCAGUUGAAUCCCGGCACCGGUGACGGUGCGCCGGAUGCUAGUGGCGAUAAAGAGGCUUCGCCACCACCGACCGGUUCGGACUCGGACACAUCCACGCCCGGUGCCGACGAUGGCUCCAAGGUCGAAGAACCCGUCAAGACGGUCAAGCAGUGGAACAUCCGCUCGUGGAUGUGGCACCUCCACGGCCUGCUGCUAACCCUGGCCUUCCUCCUCGGGUACCCCUCGGCGAUCUACCUGCUCCGCUCCCCGCGCACGGCCGCCGCCGGCACGGCCUUCAACUACCACUGGACGAUCAACGCGCUGUCGUCCGUGUCGGUCUCGAUCGGCGCCAUCAUCGGCUUCCUGAACUCCCGCUCCAUCUCCAUCUUCCACCAAUACCUCGGCAUCCUGAUCGUGUGCGCCCUGGCCGCGCAGACCGUGCUGGGGUGGCGCCACCACGUCGUCUUUGUCGCCACGGGCGGCCGCAAGACCUGGAUGUCCGCCGUGCACGUCUGGCUCGGCCGCGCCGUGUUGCCCCUCGGCAUGGUCAACGUCAUCUUGGGCCUCAUGCUCCGCCGCUACGGCUGGCUUACCAUCUCGCUGUGCGUGGCGCUGGCGGUUGUCGAGGUUGUCGUCCUCACGCUCGUGGUCGGCCAGGCGAGGAAUCGACGGCCCGGGCCCAUGCAGAAGGGUGGCGCGAGCGCGCCCCCGCCGGCGGACGAGGCCGAGGAGUACUUCCAGUUGACGGGCGAUGACGAGGACGAGGACGACGACGCGUUCAGCGACGAUGAGGAACGUGCCGGGGCGAGUGCCGAGGAGAGGGCCAAGAAGGAGGGCCAGCGUGAGGAGCAGAGGAAGAAGCUGGCAAAGUUGGACAGGGUAUAA